CCCUGGCUAUUGCGUUGCAAAAAAAAUCCUGACUAGCCAUCCUUGGGCCUUUUCUGUACUAGAGGAUCUAAAGGAGAAAGAUUUCUGCUACCGAAGGGGCAGUCGGGUAGUAUUACAUUUCAGAUAUUAACGCCCGCCCUCAUAGGAGCGUGGGGAUAGGCGUGGGGAAGGGCCUCCGCGUAGAGAGCCGGAGUAGAAAACCAUUGAUUUGGGGGGCCAGGCGUUUGGAAAGGCUUUGCAAGGACCUGCCUUCCGCGUACUUCUUCCUUGGUUACUGACUGGUUUAAACACAACCCCUUGAGCAAUUCUGAUAAACCUUCGCGACCCACAGCCCCUCCUCGAAGCGUGUAGGAGCCGCCAGCGUGCCCAGCAGCUGGUCCGCCCGUCCCGCCGCCAGAAGAGCCCAGCGCGUGCACCAUCCCCUCCCCCUGGCCUCCCUCCCCACCUCCGGCCUCCACGCACUCGCAGUGAUUGUUUUGCUCGCUCCCGCCGCCGCCGCCGCCGCCAGAGGAGCAGCAGCGCUUGUGCAAACCGGGAAGAUGGCGGCCGGCGGCGGCGGAGGCAGCAGUAAGGCCUCCUCCUCGUCGGCCUCUUCGGCAGGGGCUCUGGAGUCCUCGUUGGAUCGAAAGUUCCAGUCGGUAACCAACACCAUGGAAUCUAUUCAAGGCCUGUCGUCUUGGUGUAUAGAGAACAAGAAACACCACACCACUAUCGUCUACCAUUGGAUGAAGUGGCUCCGGAGAUCUGCCUAUCCCCACCGUUUGAAUCUCUUUUACCUUGCCAAUGAUGUCAUCCAGAAUUGUAAAAGGAAAAACGCAAUCAUAUUCCGUGAAUCAUUUGCUGAUGUACUUCCUGAAGCAGCUGCUCUAGUGAAGGAUCCAUCUGUCUCUAAAUCUGUAGAACGAAUCUUUAAAAUCUGGGAGGACAGAAAUGUUUACCCAGAAGAAAUGAUUAUGGCAUUAAGAGAAGCUUUGAGUACCACUUUCAAAACUCAGAAGCAGCUGAAAGAAAAUCUGAACAAACAACCGAAUAAGCAGUGGAAGAAAUCACAAACAUCCACGAAUCCAAAAGCUGCUCUCAAAUCUAAGAUAGUUGCUGAAUUUCGAUCUCAGGCCCUCAUUGAAGAGCUGUUGCUGUACAAGCGCUCAGAAGAUCAGAUAGAAUUGAAGGAGAAACAGCUGUCAACUAUGCGGGUGGAUGUGUGUAGCACAGAAACUCUCAAAUGCUUAAAAGAUAAGACCGGUGGGAAGAAGUUCUCCAAAGAAUUUGAGGAGGCAAGCGCCAAGCUGGAGGAAUUUGUGAAUGGAUUAGAUAAGCAGGUGAAAAAUGGGCCCUCACUAACAGAAGCACUGGAAAAUGCUGGAAUUUUCUAUGAAGCACAAUACAAAGAAGUAAAAGUGGUGGCCAAUGCAUACAAAACCUUUGCUAAUCGAGUGAACAAUUUAAAGAAAAAGCUGGAUCAAUUGAAAUCAACCCUUCCUGAUCCAGAAGAAUCACCAGUUCCUUCCCCAAGUAUGGAUGCCCCCUCCCCGACUGGUUCUGAGUCUCCUUUUCAAGGAAUGGGAGGUGAGGAAUCCCAGUCACCAACUGUGGAGAGUGAGAAAUCUGCCACACCUGAGCCUGCAACAGAUAAUCGUGAUGUGGAAGACAUGGAACUCUCAGAUGUAGAAGAUGAUGGGUCAAAAAUUAUUGUAGAGGACAGGAAGGAAAAACCUGUGGAGAAGCCAGCUGUAUCUACUUCUGUUCCUGCAAAGCCAACAGAAAGUAUCUCCAAGGCCUCUUCAUGUGCCCCAGUGCCUGUGACCAUGACAGCAACCUCGCCUCUUCCAAAACCUGUGAAUACUUCCCUUCUGUCCCCGUCUCCAGCAUUGGCUUUGCCAAACCUGGCUAAUGUGGAUCUGGCAAAGAUCAGUUCCAUCCUCAGUAGCCUAACAUCAGUCAUGAAAAAUACAGGGGUCAGUCCUGCAUCAAGACCGUCUCCAGGAACGCCUACAAGCCCUGGCAACCUCUCCAGUGGCCUGAAAACACCUGCACCUGCCCCGACAGCAUCUCACAACCCUCUGGCCAAUAUCCUCUCAAAAGUGGACAUCACCCCAGAGAGCAUUCUGUCUGCUCUUUCCAAAACCCAGACCCAGUCAGCCCCUACCCUGCAAGGCCUGUCGUCUUUACUUCAGAGCGUUACUGGGAACCCAGCUCCAGCCAGUGAAACUGCAUCCCAGAGCACUUCAGCUUCCCCUGCCAACACCACUACAGUCUCUAACAUAAAAGGAAGAAAUCUACCCUCCAGUACCCAAUCCUUUAUUCCCAAAAGCUUCAACUAUUCUCCUAAUUCAUCGACAUCUGAAGUCUCUUCAACUUCAGUCAGCAAGGCCUCAAUUGGGCAAAGCCCAGGGCUUCCAAGCACUACGUUCAAGCUGCCAUCCACCUCUCUGGGGUUUACAGGCACCCACAAUACUAGCCCUGCUGCCCCACCUCCUGAAGUUGCCAUGUGCCAAUCUUCAGAGAGCUCCAAGCCAAAGCUGGAGUCCGAGUCCACCUCCCCAAGCCUGGAAAUGAAAAUCCAUAACUUCUUAAAAGGUAAUCCUGGUUUCAGUGGCUUAAACUUAAACAUCCCAAUCCUGAGCAGUUUGGGGUCCAGUGCCCCAGCAGAAAGCCAUCCCUCAGACUUCCAGCGUGGCCCUACUAGCACUUCAGUUGACAACAUUGAUGGAACCCCUGUGCGGGAUGAACGCAGUGGGACGCCCACCCAGGAUGAGAUGAUGGACAAGCCCACAUCCAGCAGUGUAGAUACCAUGUCCUUGCUUUCUAAGAUCAUUAGCCCUGGUUCUUCAACACCCAGCAGUACAAGAUCACCACCCCCCGGGCGAGAGGAAAGCUACCCCAGGGAGCUCUCCAAUUCUGUACCUACAUUUCGACCCUUUGGCCUGGUCAGUGAAUCAUCCUAUAAGCAGCCUUCUGAUGGAAUGGAGAGACCAUCUUCCCUGAUGGACUCUUCACAGGAGAAGUUCUAUCCAGAUACUUCUUUCCAGGAAGACGAGGAUUACCGAGAUUUUGAGUAUUCAGGGCCUCCACCCUCUGCCAUGAUGAACCUAGAGAAGAAACCAGCCAAGUCUAUCCUGAAAUCCAGCAAGCUCUCUGAGACCGACUACCAGCCAAUCCUGUCCAGUUACAGCCACAGGGCCCAAGAAUUUGGGGUAAAGUCUGCCUUCCCUCCAUCUGUAAGGGCCCUCCUGGACUCUAGUGAGAACUGUGACCUUCUCUCACCUUCCCCUGGGCUGUUUGGUGCCUUCAGCAUAAGAGGGAAUGAAUCUGGGUCUAACCGGUCACCGUCACCGAGUAAGAAUGAUUCAUUUUUCACCCCUGACUCCAACCACAAUAGCUUGUCUCAAUCUACCACUGGGCAUCUCACUUUGCCACAGAAGCAGUACCCAGACUCUCCUCACCCAGUCCCACAUCGUUCCCUUUUCUCUCCGCAGAAUACCCUUGCUGCUCCCACGGGCCAUCCACCCACAUCAGGCGUGGAGAAAGUCCUGGCCUCCACCAUUUCCACCACGUCGACGAUUGAGUUUAAGAAUAUGCUUAAAAACGCCUCACGAAAGCCCUCAGAUGAUAAGCAUUUUGUCCAGGCCCCCAGCAAGGGCACUUCAAAUGAAGGUGUCAGUCUCUCAAACCUCACCCAGCCCAGCUUGACCACCACUGAGCAGCAGCAGCAAGAAGAGCACUACCACCGCAUAGAAACGCGAGUCUCCUCCUCCUGCUUAGACUUGCCUGACAGCACUGAAGAAAAGGGGGCCCCUAUAGAAACCUUGGGUUACCACAAUGCAUCCAACAGGAGGAUGUCCGGGGAGCCCAUACAGACGGUAGAGUCCGUCCGAGUUCCUGGGAAGGGAAAUAGAGGACAUGGGCGUGAGGCUUCAAGGGUGGGUUGGUUUGAUCUGAGCACCUCAGGCAGCUCUUUUGACAAUGGCCCCUCAAGUGCCUCUGAGUUGGCAUCCCUUGGGGGUGGGGGCAGCGGAGGCCUCACUGGCUUUAAAGCAGCACCAUACAAGGAACGGGCACCCCAAUUUCAGGAAAGUGUCGGCAGCUUUCGUUCCAACAGUUUCAACUCAACAUUUGAGCAUCAUCUUCCCCCAUCCCCCUUGGAACAUGGGACACCUUUCCAAAGAGAGGCAGUGGGGCCGUCAUCUGCCCCGCCCGCCCCUCCUAAGGAUCGUGGUGGUGUCUUCUCUCGAGAAGCACCCGCUCAUCUACCCUCUGUGGAUCUUUCGAACCCCUUCACAAAGGAGGCCGCCCUGGCCCAUGCUGCCCCGCCCCCCACUCCUGGAGAGCACAGCGGAGUUCCUUUCCCCACCCCACCCCCUCCGGCCCCUGGGGAGCAUAGCAGCAGUGGUGGGAGUGGUGUCCCCUUUUCUACUCCACCCCCACCUCCCCCUGUUGACCACUCUGGGGUUGUACCCUUCCCAGCCCCACCACUGGCAGAGCACGGAGUGGCAGGAGCAGUGGCAGUAUUUCCCAAGGACCAUAGUUCUCUCCUUCAAGGGACCUUGGCUGAUCAUUUUGGGGUGCUCCCAGGACCCAGGGACCACGGGGGCCCCACCCAACGGGACCUCAACGGCCCUGGCCUUAGCCGUGUACGUGAGAGCCUGAGCCUACCCUCCCAUUCUCUGGAGCACCUGGGCCCGGCCCAUGGAGGAGGUGGGGGAGGCAGCAACAGCAGCGGUGGCCUCCCCUUGGGUCCCUCACACAGAGACAUCAUCAGCCGGAGUGGUAUGAUUUUGCGGAAUCCCCGGCCAGACUUUCGGCCUAGGGAGCCUUUUCUCGGCAGAGACCCUUUCCACAGUUUAAAGAGACCCAGGCCACCUUUUGUUAGGGGCCCUCCGUUCUUUGCACCAAAACGCCCAUUCUUCCCUCCCAGGUACUGAUGGAGACCAAGGGAAAGGCAUUUUGAACAGUCGAGAGAGCAUUGGAAGUAGGAGUUUGGUUUAUUGUUUGUUUUUCCUCCUUUAUUUUUCUAUGACCAAGGGCCUCCCUUCCAAAGUAAAAAGUCGUACAUAUAUGCUUACAUUUCACUAUUCCAUCCAGUCCUCCCUCCCACGGCACUUACCUACCUUCCCCGAGUUGUUUGUAUUUUAGGGGGUGGAGGGGAGCAGGCAAAGGAACACAACCAAAGCCACUUCCUUUGGCUGGGAUUUUGAGGGACGAGAAGAAAAACAAAUCUGCUAUUACCCCAUCUAUUGAAGAGUAUUACUGCGUUUGAAAUAAAACUUCCACCAGAACAGAUAAUAAUGUGCAAUGUUGGGAUGUUAUUUUGGGUUUGGCUUAUCAGUAGUCAAUGGAAGGGUUCCUGCCCCCUUCUCUCUGCAGCUACCCUAACUGCUGUAACCAGCUUGGCUUCCUUGUGGCUCUGUGCCCUGCUGACAGCCAAGAGAUGUUGCAAGGGAGGAAAUGCGGGAGAGCUCAGCGCUGUCAUGCUGUUCUGCUUUGUUUGUUUCGAAAGGCGUGUGGAAGCUGAGCUCUUUAUCUUUCUCCUCAAAUCUUAAUUUAACAACCACACAACAGGCAGCCUUUCCACAGCACUGUCAGGCCGCAACUGAGGAGAUGCUCUUCUGUCCUAGUAAACGUUUUUCCUUUGUUUUUGGAAUGGAAGAGAGCAGGCUGAAUAUAUUUUGAGGUUAAAAUACAGAGUAAUUACAAUAGAGAGUUAGGGGACUAUUAACAGUGUGAUGUGACCUGCCCAUCCUUCAUAAACGAGAGAGUGGAACCGUUUUUGAGAUCGUUCCGCUCCUCUGACACCCAGCUCUUCCUGCUUUUCUUUCUUGGCUUUCUCAGCUUCGCUCCUGCUGUGGCCAGAAAGUCGCUCCAGUUGACAGUUGUCACAGAGGUGGAACUGUACUAUUGUCCCUGUGUUUUUUUCAUGUAAGAAGUAGACAUUUUUUACCCUGGUGCCUCCCUAACGUAAGUGAUACUUGUUGGCAUAUUUCAGCAAAGGUUAACUACCAGGGAGAGGGGAUUGUCUUUAUCUUUCCUUUCCCCUUGCCGUGCUCCUGUAUUCACCCCAUUCUUGGUAUUUAUUUCAAAGAAGGUUCAACAGCAUCAUUCUUUAUAUUACACCUCUUCAGAUGUGUCCUAGUAACAAGUGAGUAUUACUAGACAUUUUUACAGAGGAAACUGGAGGACAUGAGAAAUCCAAAUUUACCCCACUCCACAGUAGCUGCCCAUCACAUAUCAAGGCUCAAGCCUUAUCCUCACUUUCCACUCCCAGUAGGAAAUAAAGGAUGUUUCUGCUCUUAGUCAUUUCACAUAGAAAGUUCUGCCUGAACUGAAAGGCUUCUUAUUUGUGUUUCUACAGAGAGUACUGGGGGAUAGACAAUCACAGCACUUUGAGUGUUUCUAUCUUUAUAUUUUAGGGACAUUGAAAAGCAAACGUUGCGUUACUAUUUGUUAUUUAGUGUCUUAUCCUAAGGUACACACACGGGUAAACUCCAGCUAGAUGAGUAAAACAAUAUGAGUGUGUUAGAGAAUCCUAGUAAGUUUCCUAUUUUCUUCCAGGUUAGUAUAGAACUACAGGAAGUGGGAUUGCUUUGGAUUCCUGCAGUGAAACCUCAAAGGUGGGGGAGAAGACAAUGUAGUGACAGAAGGUGAUGCUUUGUCUCAAACUUGCUUUUCAGAUAAAGAACAGCUUAAGCCAGGUGUGUCAUAGUUUGGGGGUUCUCUGUAACUUAUUCCAUGUUAUUUAUUUGGGCUCGAUAUGUGUCCUGUGGUUAGGGUGCUGCAAGUCAUUCAUCUCCCUAAUGCAUUUCUGGUCCUAGGCCAACUAACUGUUCUUUCUUCCUUUGACCCUCUCAAGCCUCUCUGCCCUGUGGCUCUCCCACACCAAAAAUGCAUGAUACCAUGACCUUGUGUGUGGGAUGGGGUAUAUAGAGUAGCAAAGCAAAGAAACAGUAUAGUUACAUUGAGUCCUCAGACAUUUGUUUAGGAAAACGUAUAAGUAGGGCAGUGAGGGUGGGGAGGGGGAGUUCUAUUUGACUCAACUUAAAAAUUAUUUUUUUUUUUUUUUUUGCAGAAAUUAAGGGGGAUGUUUUUCAUUCUAGAAUAAAAGAAUGUGAAUUCUUUCUGCUGCUCUUGUUUAAGCUAAAAGUAGUGUUUACUUGAAAAGGCUCUCUGACCAUUUGGUUUUAUAAGAAAAUAUGGGGAUGUCAGGAAAGUGGCCUCCUGAAUGUUGUUGGGGCAGAGAAAUUGUCCUCAAAAGUAUGAUGGCUAAUACAUGAAAGGAAGACCGUGUACAGUUUUAAAGAUGGACUUUUAAGGGCUGGCUUUCUUUUGUGGGCUGUUUUGUUUUUAAGCCACAGAAUCCUCCAAGCGCUUGUUUAGGAUGGAAGUGAGGAUUUGUGUGACUUUGAGGUGUUCACUUUAAGGAACUCUUGUCUACAGCAGUAAAUGAAGACAACAAUGUACAUAUGUGAUAUAGUGAAACAAAAGACAAUUCUGGUAUUCAUAACAUGAAACAGGGGUUUUAUUCUUUCUGUGUCUGUGAUUUAAAACUCCGUGCCCAUGCUCUGACUUUUGUAUUUCAACCUGAGUUUAAAAAAAUAAACAAGAUAUUUUUUAAAGAAAGCAUAACAUAGUGUGUCUUGGAAAGGACAUGAUUCACAGGAAAGCAGAAUAUGCGAAGUUGUUACUAAGGUCUUUGGUGCUCACUGUAAAAUCACAGACAGAGAAUUAGUGGGGAUUGUGAAUACACUGGUACCACCUAAAACUCUGAUACAGCGUCAGAAAUGAGAGUCCUUAAGUAGUUUGUAAGUUUACUCUUCAGUGAGCUUAGAGGGAAGCUCUCCCUGCUUCUGCCCUCCCAAAUGUUGAGAGUAAGUAGAAUUCGGUUUGAUUCCAGGGAGGGUAAAAUGAUCAGAGAGUAGGACUUUUAUCCUUUCCAAUCCCAGAGAUACAAUGUUUGUGAUAUAUAUGGUACAGCAAACCUAUCUAGAUAAUGUGAAUAUGCUAGACUUCCUAAUUGCAGAAUAUUCACUAUUUCCUGAAAUUACUGGUUCAUGCAGAAUUAAGCUUCAGCUGUUAUUGUUUUGAAGCCGCUGUAAAUUACUGCUUUCCCCCCUUUUUCCUCCCCUCCCCUUUUUUGAAUGGGCGGGGGUGCCUGUUAAAAUUAGAGAUGUUCUAUGAUAUUCUCACGUGUUCAGUGUGGAAAACAAAACAAGUACAUGCUUUAGAGGCAACAACAUUGAAAUCCUUUUGAAAUGUGUAUUAUCACUUAAUAAAAUAACUAGUUCUCAAGGUUUGACAUUUUUCUUUGAGAUUUGGGGCUUCAGCCAAGGGCCUCUGGCUUCUCUGGUGAGUGCAAAGAGUAGGAAACUUCUCCAGGAGCUGAAACUGCUGCUUUGUGGCGAAGGCCUGUCCUUGGAAUAUCGACAUUUUCUCCAGCACAGACCCUACAUGACUGUCCAGGGCUGAAGGUGAAACCAACUACAGAAUGCAAAAAGAAAAGCCUGGAUACAUCUCUGAAGAUAUGAUUGGAUUGGCUUUGGUCUAAGAGUGUGUGGGGAAAGGAUGGUUGGUGUGCCUGCACACUUCGGAGGCUCACACAGAUACCGCAGACCACCCAUCUCGUCCCUUCCUGUGACCAUGUGCACCUUCCUCUUCCAGCCAUUCCUUUCUUUUUUUAAGUCUGUUUGUCUCCAAUAUUACGUUUUUGUUUUCCAGUUUAAUAAAAUAUGGUUUCCUUUG